UCUCCGUUUUCCGCCUCUUGUUGUUAGCCCGCUGCUGCUGCUGCUAGCUGCACAAGCUCAGAGUCAGCAGCGGUGAAACAAACUCACAGCACCGGGGAUUUAAAACGUCUCGGUCGGCUUUUACUGAAGCUACUUCCACCGGUACUGCUCGUCCCGUCACCAUGGACGAGGAAUAUUACAGCGGCGGCGGAGACUGGGAGGGCCCGGACGGAAACUUGGAGGAUUACGUCGAAGGGGAGAACGAUGGGAAAAUCCAAGAAGACUGUCUGCAGAAAUUCUCCAGCAGGGAUUACAUCAUGGAGCCGGCCAUCUUCAACACCCUGAAAACGUAUUUCCAAGCCGGCGGCUCUCCAGAACACGUCAUCCAGCUUCUGUCUGAAAACUACUCCGCCGUGGCUCAGACGGUUAAUCUGCUGGCAGAGUGGCUCAUCCAGAUGGGUGUUGAGCCUGCUCAGGUCCAAGAGCGAGUAGAAAACCACCUCAAGAGUCUCCUGAUAAAGCACUUUGACCCCCAGAAGGCAGAUUCAAUUUUCACCGUUGAGGGAGAGACUCCUGCUUGGCUCGAACAGAUGAUCGCACACACUACGUGGAGAGAUCUUUUCUAUAAGCUGGCGGAGGCUCACCCAGACUGCCUGAUGCUCAACUUCACCGUGAAGCUCAUCUCAGACGCAGGCUAUCAGGGUGAGAUCACCAGCGUAUCUACAGCGUGUCAGCAGCUGGAGGUUUUCUCCCGGGUCUUGAGAACGUCGUUGGCUACGCUGCUGGACGGAGGAGAAGAAAACCUGGAGAAGAACCUGCCAGAGUUUGCCAAGAUGGUGUGUCACGGCGAACACACCUACCUUUUUGCCCAGGCGAUGAUGUCCAUCCUCGCUCAGGAGGAACAGGGCGGUUCGGCCGUACGUAGGAUCGGCCAGGAGGUGCAGAAGUCGGCACAUGCGAGAGGCCACGAUGCCAGUCAGAUAACACUCGCGCUCGGCACGGCAGCAGCUUACCCUCGAGCCUGCCAGGCGCUCGGUGCCAUGUUGUCCAAAGGAGCCCUGAAUCCUGCAGACAUCACGGUCCUGUUCAAGAUGUUCAGCAGCAUGGACCCGCCUCCCGUUGAGCUGAUCAGAGUGCCGGCCUUUCUGGACCUGUUCAUGCAGUCGCUGUUUAAACCUGGAUCAAAGAUCAACCAAGACCAUAAACACAAAUACAUCCACAUCUUGGCCUACGCUGCCAGCGUGGUUGAAACAUGGAAAAAGAACAAACGAGUCAACAUCAAUAAAGACGAGCUGAAGUCGACUUCCAAGGCCAUAGAGACCGUACACAACCUGUGCUGCAACGAGAACAAAGGAGCCACAGAGCUGGUGGCUGAACUCGGGACUUUGUACCAGUGCAUCCGGUUUCCAGUCGUCGCUAUGGGCGUUUUGAAAUGGGUGGACUGGACCGUGUCUGAGCCGCGGUAUUUCCAGCUGCAGACCGACCACACUCCGGUACAUUUAGCUCUCCUGGACGAGAUCUGUACGUGUCACCAGCUGCUGCACCCGCAGGUCCUCCAGCUGCUCAUCAAGCUUUUUGAGACGGAGCACUCUCAGCUGGACGUCAUGGAGCAGAUGGAGCUGAAGAAGACUCUUCUGGACCGAAUGGUUCAUCUGCUGAGCCGUGGCUACGUCCUACCCGUAGUCGGUUACAUUCGCAAGUGUCUGGAGAAACUCAACACGGACAUCUCCCUUAUUAGAUAUUUUGUCACCGAGGUGCUCGAUGUGAUUGCGCCUCCCUACACGUCAGACUUUGUUCAGCUCUUCCUGCCCAUCCUGGAGAACGACAGCAUCGCGGGAACGAUUCGCACGGAGGGAGAACACGACCCUGUCGCGGAGUUCAUUGCUCACUGCAAGUCAAACUUCAUCAUGAUAAACUGACACUGAAAAUGUUCAUGGAGAUUGUACCGGAAAGACGAGACAGAGGAUCUGUUGUCUCCGUGAUAAUCUCUGCUUGAUGUUGAAGCACAUAGCUUGGAGACGGACUGUUCAGUUUGACCAAGUGAAUGAUUAGUUUCUAUCGAGGCGAGUGAGCUAAUAGAAGAGUGCGGUAAUACCACAGACUGAUCGAAGGAGGAGCCUCUGAAGAUGCAGCUAAAUGUUGUUUUUUUUUCCACCUGUAAAUUUGAUUUUCUAUAUUUUAUGUUGGUUUGAGCUGUUUUAAAAUAAAAACCUAAAUAUG